CUGAUGUCAAAGCGAAGGCUUUGGUCGUCUUGAGGAGGGUGUUUGGAGCCGUGAAGAAACGAGACCCCAAGCCCACGAUCAUGAAGCUCUGUGAAGAGCUACCACGGUUCUUUGAUGAUGUGAGGAGCUGCUGGGAGCUUCGGUGGGGAGGAUGGUUUUGGGCUUCCCCAGCUCUCCCACCAUGUCUGAUGCUGUGGCGCUGGCAAAGAAAGGCUACAGCCUGAGAAAGACACUCGGAGAAGGCUCUUAUGGGAAAGUGAAAUCUGCCCACUGUGUCCAGCUGAAACGCAACGUGGCCGUCAAGAUAAUCAACAAGAGAAAAGCUACUCAGCACUUCCUGGAAAGAUUUCUGCCCAGGGAAAUCGAGGCAUUGAGAUGUUUGCAGCACCCCUCAAUCACCAAAACCUUUGAGAUUUUUCAGACACCAGCUAGGAAAGUGUACAGAGUGUUGGAGCUGGGGGAAAAGGGAGACCUCCUGGACUACAUGGGGAUCACAGGAGCUAUGACAGAGGACAUCGCUGGCACCAAGUUUCAGCAGUUGGCAUCUGCCAUCAAGUAUUGCCACGACUUGGACGUUGCUCACAGGGAGCUGCAAUGUGAGAACAUCCUUCUCCAUGCACAUCUCAAUGUCAAGCUGGCAGACUUUGGCUUUUCCAAAUUCCUGUCUCGGGAGGAAAAUGGCAGAAUUGUUCUCAGCCAAACCUUCUGUUGUUCUCCUGCGUACGCAGCCCCUGAAGUGCUGGAGGAAAUUCGCUCUGACCCCAGGAUUGCUGACACAUGGACUCUGGGUGUCAGCCUGUACUCAAUGGUCUGGGCUUCGUUGCCUUUCGAUGAUUCCAACGUCAGCAAAAUGACCCGUGUUCAGAAACGACAGCGGAUCCCCUCCCAGUCCAAACAUCUGACUGCAGAGUGCAGGGAUCUCGUUCACCGCUUGCUCCCGCCCGUCGUGGCUCAGAGGUUGUGCGUAGAUGAAGUCUUGAAGCACUCAUGGCUGCAGACUCCAAAAUGCACGAUCCCUUUGCCUCUGCCAGCUGCAAAAGAGGGUGAGGUUCCCAAACCCUUUGUGAAGGAAAGCCUGGGCACUACCAGCAAGCCAAAUCCCCUUCUGUAUACGGGGGAGGAGAGAAGGACAAAGGAUCCUCUUAAGGACAGCUUUACUUUCCAAGUCAGGAAACCAGCGACUCCACAUCUCAGCGCUGUAGCUGGCACGGGAUAA